CAACUGGUAAGAAUAAUCCCUAUCAGUCUGAACAACAAAGCAUCCAAGUUUUGACUGUUGUCUUGUGGAGAAGAUAUUUUCGCCCAGAGAGUGCAUUUAAGCACUUGGCCACACUUUCCACUAAACCAUGCAUCCACUCUUCUGUUCUUCUGCCUCCAACAGCAUGAGCAGCAACAAGUUCUCGACGCCCAUCCAUGGCCUUGCCCUCGUUCUGCUGAUCACCUCCUUGGCCUCUACCACCAGCUCCUGUAGAGAGCAGGAAAAAACCUCCCUCCUUCGGUUCCUGGCCGGGCUCACUCAGGACGGUGGUCUCGCUGCGUCAUGGCGGAAUGGCACAGACUGCUGCACAUGGGAAGGCAUCACCUGCAGUACCGUGGAUGGCAUGAUUGAAGAAGUCUCGCUAGCCGAUAGAAGGCUCGAAGGGCGCAUAUCGCCGUCCCUAGGCAGCCUCGCUAGCCUGUCACGCCUGAACCUCUCCCACAACUCCUUGUCUGGGGAGGCACUGUUGUCGUCUCACAGCAUCGCCGUCCUCGACGUGAGCUUCAACCGGCUCAGCUGGAACCUGCCACAAGAGCAACCGUCUUCUUCAGCUCUUGACCGCCGACAUAUGCAGAUGCAGGUGAUCAACAUCUCAAGCAACUCCUUCACAGGGCAACUUUCACCAGCCACAUGGGGAAUGAUGGAGAAUCUGGUUGUGCUCAAUGCCAGCAACAACAGUUUCACAGGAUCAAUCCCAUCUUUCUUGUGCCAGAGCGCGCCGUUCCUAACCGUGCUUGACAUGUCCUACAAUAAAUUCAGUGGCAGUGUUAGGCCAGAGCUUGGUAAGUGUUCUAUGCUACGGUCGCUGAAGGCUGGCCGCAACAACCUCACCGGGACUCUCCCAGAUGAGCUCUUCAAUGUCACCUCAUUGCGACACCUCUGUCUUCCCAGCAAUGGGCUACAUGGAGCACUUGAUCCUGCACUGAUAAUCAAACUCAUCAACCUGGUUGUCCUCGACCUUGGAUGGAAUAUGAUCAGUGGUAACAUCCCAGAUUCCAUAGGACAGCUCAAGGGACUCAAGGAGCUCAGAUUAGAACACAACAGCAUGUCUGGGGAGCUGCCAUCGGCUCUCGGCGACUGCAGAAGUCUUGUAACCAUGAACCUCAACAACAAUGACUUCAGUGGGGAGCUUGGCAAGAUCAAUUUUUCCACCCUCUCCAAUCUGAAAACCUUGAAUGUUGGGUGGAACAACUUCACUGGCAUAAUUCCAGAGAGCGUCUACUUGUGCAGCAAACUGACUGUGUUACAGCUAUCUUUCAAUAAGUUACGUGGCCAGCUCUCGCCCAGAGCGCGUCACCUGAAGUCCCUAACCGUCCUAUCACUUGCUGGAAACAAUUUCACAAAUAUUAAGAGCGCACUUCAGAUCCUCAAGAGUUCUAGUGAUCUCACCACCUUGCUUAUUGGGAGCAACUUCAGAAAUGAGGAAAUACCAGGGGAUGAAACAAUUGAUGGUUUUGAGAAUAUUAAGGUUCUUGCCAUGGAAGAUUGCCAGUUGUUUGGGAAGAUCCCUCUUUGGAUAACAAAUAUCAGAGAUCUGGAGAUGUUAUUCUUGUUUAAUAAUGAGCUAACCGGAUCUAUUCCAGUUGGAAUCGGCACCUUAAACUUCCUAUUCUACAUAGACCUAUCAAACAACGGCCUUACGGGGGAGAUUCCAGCAGGCUUAAUGGAGAUGCCAAUGCUGAGAUCAGAUACAAUCACGACAAGUUUAGACCCAAAGGGCUCUGAGCUGCCUACUUACAGCGGUCCUUCACCUCAAUACUACACUCUAGGUGCAUUCCCAGCAUUGAUGAAUCUAGGCAACAACAACUUAACAGGUGUGAUACCCCCAGAGAUUGGACAGUUAAAGGCACUUGUGUCACUCAUCUUGGGCUUCAACAGAUUGUCUGGAGAGAUCCCACGAGCAAUCUCUAAUCUCACAAACCUGGAGGCGCUAGAUCUGUCAAACAAUCAUCUCACCGGUACCAUUCCAGGCGCACUGAAUAAUCUACACUUCCUUUCUAGAUUCAACAUUUCCAAUAAUGACCUGGAAGGGUCUGUUCCACAUGGAGGCCAGUUCGAUACCUUUCCGAGCACGAGCUUUGAUGGAAACUCAAAGGUAUGUGCCUCUAUGCUCGUUCACAACUGCCAUUCAGUAGAAGUGCCUAAAGGCUCCACGGAACAAGGCUACAAGGUCAUGUUUGCCAUUGCAUUUGGUGUGUUCUUUGGACUAGGGGUACUCUUAGAUCAAUUAUGCUUAUCGAGGCUCUUUGGUUAG